AUGACGGACCAGCCAUUCCGAUUCAUGGACUUGCCCAAAGAGCUGCAGCUGAUCGUAUAUGAGCACCUGCCUAUAGUAACGGCACAUUACAAGCUCGAUGCGGAGUGGGACGGAUGUAAGGAAUUUGCAGAUAUGCGAGAAGCCUUCGAGAAUGGCGACAAUUACCUAUCGCCCGGAGGAGUGGAGGUACCCAAGGAUUCUACCAUUGUCUUACACCGGAGUAUACUCGGUGUUGCCCUACUCAGAACUUCCCUGGAACUCGCCUCCGAGGCUAGCGUCAUACUUCAAUCCAAACUCGAGGCCCUCCGCACAUCACCAUACCGUAUCAUCGCAAACUCGAUCGCUCUGUUCCGCUAG